AUGAUCAUCUACGCGCUUGUCGCGCGCGGCACCUGCGUGCUCGCCGAGCACACCGCCACCGCGGGCAACUUUGCUCUCGUUACGCGCCGCAUACUCGAGCGGCUGCCGCAAGAGGAGGGCCGGGCCAGCUACUCAUACGACACGUCGCACUCCUUUCACUGCGUGAUAAGGGCGGGCCUGGCGUUCCUCUGCAUGGCCGACUCGCGCACGGAGCAGGCCGCCGCGCACGCCUUUCUCGACGCGGUGCAGUCUCGGUGGAGCGCGGCGUACGCCGAGAAGGGGCUCACGGCGCUCGCGUACGCCAUGAACAGUCAGUUCGCCGCCGCCGACGCGGCAAAUGUCUCGCGCGUCGAGGGCGAACUCGAGGAGGUGCGGCAGGUGAUGGUCGAAAACAUAGAAAAGGUGCUCGCGCGCGGCGAGAAGAUCGAGUUGCUGGUGGACAAGACGGAGCACCUCACGCACCAGGCCUUUCAGUUCCGACGCACCACUACACGCGUCAAGCGGGGCAUGUACUGCAAGAGCCUGAAGCUCAACCUCUUCCUCUGCACCCUGCUCCUCCUCGUUAUCGGCGUGGCUGUCUUUGGAGCGUGCGGCUGGUCCUUCUCAUGCGGCUCGCACCACCCGCCGUCGCCGUCGCCGUCGCCGUCGCCGUCGCCGUCGCUCUCGCCCGCGCUGAGCCCGAGAGAUACCGCGUGACGAACGCGAUCGGCCAGGGCAGGAGCUUGCCGUCACACCACCGCCCUCUCGGUCUCCGGCGGCGGUCACGGACACGGUUUUGCGUUCAUCCCCGCACGCGCAGCGAUCCUAACAGCGAUCAGUUUGUGUGUGUGUUGUCUAAUACUAGCGAAGCGGGA